UGCGCCAUCUUUGACAACAAAUAACCCAUCUAUAAUAUUUUUGUUUUCAAAAAGUAUCGAAAAGUAUGAUAGAACACUAAAUCGCUAUAAAUAACCGAAGCAUACGUCUGGUCUUCACCGUAUCUAACGCGUUAUAAUACAUUCAAAGUCUCCGGGAAACAUUUGUGGCGAGAUGUCGCUUGUGGAUUUGGGUAAGCGUUUGUUGGAGGCAGCACGCAAAGGACAGGAUGAUGAAGUGAGGUCACUUAUGGCCAAUGGAGCUCCUUUUACUACAGACUGGCUGGGAACCUCGCCGCUUCAUUUAGCAGCGCAAUACGGGCACUACUCCACUGCUGAGGUGCUUCUCCGUGCCGGCGUGAGUAGAGAUGCCCGCACUAAAGUCGAUCGGACCCCCCUCCACAUGGCUGCUACAGAGGGCCACUCAAGCAUCGUUGAGCUAUUGGUCAAGAGUGGAGCAGACAUCAAUGCCAAAGACAUGCUGAAAAUGACCGCCCUGCACUGGGCUACAGAACAUGGGCACAGAGGAGUCGUGGAACUGUUGAUCAAAUAUGGAGCUGAUACUCAUGCCCUCAGCAAGUUUGACAAGACGCCUUUUAACAUUGCGGUGGACCGAGGAAACACUGAGCUGAUGCUGUUGUUACAGGAGGGAAUGCAGAACCAAGUGAACAUGAAUCCAGAGAGGACUAUCCUAAGCAGCACAUCACCCGCCACAGCCAGCCCUCAGUUCAUCAUCUCCUCCUCUGGAGUCGUCAAUCUCUCUGAUAUUGUUCUCAGUAAUGCUAAGGCUAACACAGCAGGAGCUGCAGAGAGUGUGAUUACUGCUGAUUCGGUAGAUUCUGCCAUCCAGCAUCUUGUAGGGGAGGAUGGCCAGAGAGUCAUCACCAUAGUAACCGACCAACAGGGAAACCUGCAGACUGGCAACUUGGGACAGAAAUUCUUUGUCACAAUGCAGGGGCAGCAAAUGGUUGCAGUGCCAGCGGGUCAGAUUGCAGAAGAAAUCAUAACAGAGGUCACCAAACCAGUCCCAACACGGAAGCGGAAAUUUGAAUCAACCGUCAACCACACAGAUGUCAAACAUAAGGAGCCCACUGAGAAGGACAGUCGGGAACUACUGGAACAGCAGCUAAAAGAAGCAAACAGAAAAGCCCAGGAGUACAGACAGCAGUUACUAAGAAAGGAACAGGAAGCUGAGCAGUACAGGCUUAAACUAGAGGCCAUUGCCAACGGGCAGACCAAUGGUACCAGCACAGAGCCCCAAGAGGAAGUGGUGCUCCAGGAAGAGGAAGAGGAGGAGGAGGAGGUGGUUGGCGAAGAGGAAGUUGUCAUGUUGCCAGAAGGGGCCAUCAUUAUUAAAGAGGAGCCCCUUGACUCAACAGCAGGAGAAACAGUAACGUUAGUAGAGGCUGCAGAUAUUAGAGCUACCUCAGAGGGCACGCCGUAGCAGUGAACCUAGAGACUCAAACACUCAGGAAUUACAUACACUCUAGUCUGUGUGCCUGGAGUGUGACAUUGUAUUUAUUCAUUGUAAAUCAUAACCUUUUGUUUUUAUCCUUUUUUACUCAUAGCAUUCAGUUUCUGUACAAACCUCUACAAAGAUGUAGCAUGAGUUAUAUUUAGGUGGCCACAACGAUGCUGAGUUGCUCAGAUUGACAGAAUAGGAAGACCAGACGUGUCUUUUUAACAUACAGCCGUGCAAGUUAUAGAAGAUUUAGAGAUAAUGCUUUUCAAUCAAGCCCUGUUAUGCACCUCUAAUGCAUACUGUACUGUUAGUACACACCAUAGUGUACUGAAUGUUCUGGGUACACACAAUUUUGACUCGUUCUUUAAGUUUUAUUAAAAAAAAUGCAAGUUGUGGUUAUUAUAGUAAUGCACUUUGAUAAAAAAAUAAACUGGGACAGUGUUCUGGAGGUUUUAAAAACAUAAAGGUGAAGCUGAUAUUUUUGUAAAAUGACCUGCAUUAAUGAAUCGGUAUGAAAUGUAUGAUUUGAGAUGCAAAAUAUGCCUUUUUAAACUAUAUUCAAGGUCAGUGAACCAUGAAAAUAUUGUACAAAAAUUACUAGGUUUACAAGCGGAAUGCUUAUUGCCUGGUGCAGUGUUGUGCUUUAUUAUAACCACGAUUUUUCUUUCUUAAAAAAAAAAAGAAGGUCAAGUGCAAAUGCAGUUGGUAGAGCUUAACUUGAACUUGGAACAUUCCUAAAAUAGUGACAUAAGAAAUUUAGAAUGAAGGUUAACAGUAGUUUAUAUAACGAACAAUACUAGACAUUAUUCAAGAUAAGAUGACUUAUGUUAUGGCUUUGUGUAACAUUGACCUGCUCCUACAGUGUGAGGCAUGUCUUAAUGAUGCAGACGGCAUUGGGUGGUGUGAUAAUCAGUAGCUUUGUAUUUACUUAGUAAACAGACUCAUGUAUUGUAAUAUUUUUUGCUGUUUAUAAAGAUAAUUUACUCCUUUCAGAUUUCAUUGGAUGUUUCACUUUUUUUUUUUUUUUAAUCUUACAUAAUUUCCUUUGUUCUGUUAAGACACUAAAUCACGAUUUGCAUUUCAGUGUUUCAUGCUCUAAAAAAUAUGCAACAUGUCUUUGCUUGCAUUUCAUGUGCCUGUUUUGACUUUCCCUGUAAAUUUUCUCAGCUGCUUUCUUUAUAGAUGUUAGCAGCUUUUACCGUCAGUGUUUAAGUGAAGUUAUAUCAUCGGUUGCGCUCACGUUCUGUAUGUCAAGUUUUAAAAUGUGAAUGCAAUUUUGUUCAAAUGUUCUAUAGAUUUUCUUCUCAUAUAAAAAUUGUUUUGCAUUAUCUUUGACAUGUUUUCCAGGUACACAGCUGAUGAUUAACAUUUCAUGAAUUGAAUUUCAAGGGCUUGCAUUACCAUUAUUGUGCAAAACUGAUUUUUGCUCAGUACAUAUGCAAAUUUACAGUUUUCUUCUAUCGAAAACCAUGAAUAUUAUGAUUUUGGAGGACAUGAUUAUACUAUUUAUUGAAUAAUGGGGGAUUCAUUUGGUUAAGACAAUGUUUUUCCCUUAUAUUUUUCUUGCUUAUUAUGCAUUUAGGAUUUCUGUUGUAUAGGAUGUCAUCAACAGUGCUUUAUAGGCAAAAACAUUGAUAAUCUGUUGAAAUUAGGCCUAAAGCAAGUUAUGUUUACACUUUUAUUUUGAUGUAAAGUUUGAAGGGCAUAAUUACUUGUAUUUCAGUGUGUUGGAAGCAAAUGCUUAGAGUUCUAACUAAAAGUAGACCCAAGUACAUGAUGCAUAACAAAGAACAAGUUUGUUCCUGAGUUUUCUUGUUUGCAUAUUUUUUACACAUAUAUUUUUGUAAUGAAACACUAUCUGGGCUUUAGUGCACUUGCAGCUACAUUUUUAU